AGCUUCUAGGUUAGCUCUUCUCCAAGGCUUAGAACCCACACUAAGUACAUUAAUAGCAUUGAUUCCAAAACUUUUCAUGCAUUUUUGGACCCUUCCCUCGCAUGCCCUACAAACCAUUAUAAAUUAUCGUGACUGCAUUACCCUUUACGCACCCUCUCUCCUCAACAAACUUUGUACAUGUUGUCUCUCAUUUCCGUUUCUCUUUCAUAUUGAUCUCUAGCCACUCAACUUUUCUCUUACAUGUACAUUGAUCAUAUAUUUUCAAGCCUCACUACCUAUAAUGCCUGAGGAUAUGAUGAAUCUAUCAAUAAAUGGUCAGUCUCAGGUCCCUCCAGGCUUUAGAUUUCACCCAACAGAAGAAGAGCUUCUUCACUACUACCUCAGGAAGAAAGUUGCUAAUGAGAAGAUAGACCUUGAUGUAAUUCGCGAGGUUGAUCUUAAUAAGCUUGAGCCAUGGGACAUCCAAGAGAAGUGCAAAAUAGGAUCUACACCACAGAAUGAUUGGUAUUUCUUUAGUCACAAAGACAAGAAAUAUCCCACAGGGACUAGAACAAAUCGAGCUACGGCUGCUGGGUUUUGGAAAGCCACUGGCCGUGAUAAGAUCAUCUAUAGUGGGUUUAAAAGAAUUGGAUUGAGAAAGACUCUUGUGUUUUACAGAGGAAGAGCUCCACAUGGACAGAAAUCCGAUUGGAUCAUGCAUGAAUAUAGGCUUGAUGACAGCACCAACGACACUAAUGUCUCAAAUCCUAUAGGAGAGGCAAUCCCUGAAGAAGGGUGGGUGGUUUGCCGGGUAUUUAGAAAGAAGAACUAUCAAAAAGCCCUUGAGAGUCCCAAAAGCUCAUCAAGCUCAUUGGAUUCAAAGGCUCAUCAGAUUCUUGGUUCAGGAAAUGAUGGAGUUCUUGAUCAAAUACUUCUCUAUAUGGGAAGGACUUGCAAGAUGGAGAAUGAAACAUUUAGCAACAUGAAUAUCUCCAACAACAACAGUAAUUUAAGGUUUCUCUCAGACAAUAGCAUCAGUGAUGGGCUCCAUGAAAGAUUCAUGCACCUUCCUCGGCUAGACAGCCCACCACUCCCUUCUAUUCCACUAAGCAGUCCAUCUUUUGAUCAAGAUCGAAGUUUCAAAUCUUGCUAUCACCAAUCGUACGAUGAGAUGCUGACAGAGAAUGAACCUUCCUCUUCAAACCAAAUUGGCAAUGGCACUUUCGACAUGAUCUCAUCAUCCGUAAUUCAUGGCUCCAAAUCCGGGCAACUUAACGAUUGGGUAACUCUUGAUCGUCUAGUGGCAUCACAACUUAAUGGACAUGAAGCAGAGACAUCCAAGCAUUUAUCUUGCUUUACUACAGGCCUAAAUGCGAGUUUUGGUCUUUCUCCUGAUGAUGACAUGCAAUUAUCACACUUGCAAAAUUCUCAUAGAUCAUCAUCAAACAUUCAAGCAAAUACUUCUCAUGUGUAUACCAACGAGAAUGACCUCUGGGGCUUCGCUAAAUCUUCGUCUCCAUCAUCAUCAUCGGACCCAUUAUGCCACUUAUCGGUAUAACAAAAGUGCUCAAUAUUGUAUACCCUAUAGAGUAAUAUAGAAACCCUAAGAGUCUAGGUACGUAUACGUUAUUUAGUAGUUUUUAUGUAUCUAGUGCAUGCAUGUAUUGCAUAAAUAAGCUUAAAUUUGGGUGAUAUAUAGUUUUUAGAAAUAUUUGCGAUGGGAUGGCAUGGUCAAUUCACACCAUUUUGUAAAUAUUCUAAAUAACAAUAUAUGUCAUCAUUCUAUUCAAAAAUUGUUAUCUAAGAAUAUUACAUCUA